AGCGAGCAAGAAUCGUGACUUGGCUCAAAAUGUUUACCAGCGCAAUAAAGUGGAACGAAAAUUUGUGCAACGACCACGCAUUUAACUCUUGAAACAGGGUUUGAUAAAGUUCUUCAACUCAAUUCCAUCUCAGAAGCUUUCGCUUAGUUCAACAACUGGAGAAGUGCAACUUCUAUUGAUCGAAAAGUCUCUAGCAAACUCGUGGCAAAAACAGAAUGGGAAAUACACAUACCCGCAAAGCUGACGAGUCUAGUCAUCGUAGACGACGGCCAAAUAGCAUAGCCAUUGACAAACCUAUCGAAACUCUGUCUUCAGAGACUACUGGAAAGCGAGAGCUACGAAGAAGUGCAAGCCAGAAUUCAUUUCGACGUCGAUAUACUGAAUCAGGAAAUUAUUCAUACAAAACACCCUGGCCUGCUCCAAUGAGCGAAGUGGUUUUCUGGCCAGAGUUCGAGUCUAAGCCUCCAGUAAGAUUUACAGAUUUCGAGAUGUUAGCUAAUAUUGGAAAAGGGGCAUUUGGACAUGUGCUACAAGUCAAAAAGAGAAACACUGAAGAUGUAUUUGCAAUGAAGAUUUUAAAUAAAGCUGAAAUAAUCAAAGAAAAUGCAAUACAGCAGUGCAAAGAUGAGGCUAACAUACAGAUGAAAAUAAAUAAUUUCCCAUUUCUUGUGAAGACAUGGUACACCUGGCAAACGAAACAUAAUUUAUUCAUAGUGUCUGAUUUUGUGGAUGGAAGUGAUCUCUUCACGUUAUGGAUUCAAGAGAGAACCCUUGAUGAAAAUCUUGUUCGAUUGUACAUAUCUGAGCUUGCUUUAACACUUGACUUUCUUCAUAAGUGCGGUGUUGUCUACAGGGACUUGAAGCUUGAAAACGUCUUACUGGAUAAGCAAGGGCAUAUUAAGAUUAUUGACUUCGGGUUAUCAAAGCUGAUGUCAAGAAACGAAAAAACAAAUACAAUUUGUGGUACCUUACAAUUCAUGGCUCCAGAAGUCUUGAAAGGAGAAAAGUAUGAUUAUUCCGUGGAUUGGUGGGCGUUGGGAAUUGUGAUGUACGUUUUACUUGUCGGAAAGUACCCAUAUGUCGCUACAAAAGACCAUGACUCACAAUUCAAGGUGUUAGAAGAAACAGAGUUUGAGUUUCCUGAUUCUUUGUCGACCGCGUCUGUUAGUCUAAUGAACCAGCUUUUACAAAAGGAUCCGAAAGAGCGGUUAAGGUCGUUGGACGCUCUGAAGCGUCAUCCGUUUUUUAAGGACUUUGUAUUUGAUGACGCACUAGACAAAAAGCAAGUACCACUAGAUGAGUCAACCUUUAAAAAAUUACGACGUCGAAGUGCCGCAGGACGAACUUAUUUUCCUCGUCAAGUUGAGCCACGAAAAGCUGACAGAAAAGCACGUGCGCUAUCUUGGGCAAGUCCUGGUAACUUUACAAUACACGAUAAAGUUGAGUUGGAUUAUUUGGUGUCAGACCUUGGUAGUUUUGCUAAAAUAGAUACAGUUGCUAAUGCAAACACAGCCACAAAAACAUCACUGACUACAGUUGGAGAAUUAUGUACCGCAGCCUCUUAGUAUAGGGAUUCUCCUGUGGUGGAACCCAAAAUUCAGGAGCAUGAGGAGCCCUUAAGAGUUCCUUUAGGGAACUACCUGGCGUUUUGGACACGAACGCUUCUUUCGCUUAAUAAAGAAAAAAGCGAGGCUUAGUCUCUAGGCAUUCUCACAAGCCUCGGUUACAUUCGGAUUCCAUUGGUUAUGCAAUAUAUUGAAAUAUUCUCAAUAUCUUCUGAUGACAUGAGAGUUUCAAAAUACUCAACGGAAAUACUGCGAAGUAAGCACUAUAUAGUCUGUUAAUCUUGAUGUAUUUUUAGUAGUAAAUUCUUCUUCAACAUAUUAAUAUAAUUUUCAUAAAUAUUUCAAGAUGUAACAUUCGGUUAUAAACCUAGGGUAAAACAAUAAGAUUCUUUUAUUUAUUAAGACAGUUUGAAUUUUAUUACCAGAAAUGCAUUUCGGUACGGGAAUAAACUUACGUCAGUGCCUUCAUGUAGUGGAGGGCUGCGAAGCGUAAUUUCCGAAUGGAACCAUUUCAAUUCUUGUCUUUAACCAGUGGGUUGUCUAGUUUUAAUUAUAAGAACGUUAGCUUAUGGUUAAUGCAUGUGUAAAUAUUUGCUGUUUAAGUUAAAUUAAGUACUUCAAAACGUAUGUUUUUAAAGAUAUAUGGAUAUUUUAUUUAUAGCAGUUAUUGCCAAACCAGAACUUUUACAAACAAAUUUGUUAUCGUUUUAGUUUAUAUUACAAUGGUGUAUCUUGUGUAUUGGUUAUUUUUAGGCUCCAUUCUGAGAACUCAAUUGCUUUUCUGUUGAAAACAAAAAACAAAACAAAAAAAAAAAGGUUGAGAAGGAACCAGGACAAAUCUAUUCAAUAUCAUCGGCAGAAUAUUAGAUGUUUUUAGUUGUUGUUUCUGAAAAUAAUUUUAUUCACUAAUUCUAACGCCCGCCGUUAGAAUGAGAACGUUCGUUAGCCGCCAUGAUGGUUUUUGUAUUAUGCAAAUUAGCCAUAUGGUGACUACGUAAAUAAACCAUGUUUAUAAUUUACACAUCAAUCUAUCAGGAAAUGUAGAUUUACUAUAAAAUAUAGAUGCUUAUUAUAAUGAUCAGAUAAAUAAUGAUUAAAUAAUUAAGAAAAAAAGAAAAUCAUAUGUUUAUGGGAUGAAAUAUUAAAUCAAAUAAAAUGAAAGUUUUGUCAAUUCA